AUGCCAGAAUCGUUUCUUGGGUGUAAUUCUCUUAAAUCUUGUCACAUUUUUGCCGAUAUUAAAUCAAUUGACGAAAAAUCGUUUUUUAAUUGCCACAAUCUCAUCAGCGUCACAAUCCCAUCAUCAUGCGAAGAAAUUAAUUCAGAUGCUUUCGGAAAUUGCUUUGCUUUAAAGGAAAUGAACCUCGAAAACGUACGAAGUAUUGGCAAUAGAGCAUUUGCCUCGUGCUCACAACUUACAUUUAUCAACUUAAAAAAUUGCGAAAAUUUAAGUGAAGGAGCCUUCAGAAGAUGCACAUCAAUAUUGAAUAUAACUCUGAGCAAUUCGAUCACUACAAUACAUUCGUUCUGCUUUUCCAAUUGCCAAAAAAUAUCUCGAAUUAAUUUACCAAAAACAGUAAAAAUUAUUGGCGAAUCAGCAUUUGAACAGUGCGAACAACUACUAUACAUCAAUAUCUCCAAUGUCAAACAAAUAGGAACACAAGCAUUCACUCAAUGUCACUCAUUACAUUCGAUUCAUUUAUCAGACGGAGUUUCAAUUGGUGAUUCAUGUUUCUACGGCUGCGAGUCACUUGAAACAGUCUAUUUCGAAGGCAGUUUCAUUGGAGGAACAGCAGCAUUCAUAUCAUGCCGUUCUUUAACAAACAUAACAGUGAAAAAAUCAAAAAUCAUUCCGAAACAAUUUUGUUGUAACUGCAAUUCCCUGAAAAUUUUUGUUUUCCCAAGUGAAUGCACAGAAAUAGGAGACUUGGCUUUCUCUUACACUGCUUUGAGAGAAUUGAAUUUGCCAGUGUCACUUUUAUCUCUUGGUCACAAAUCAUUUGAAUACAAUUCACAUUUUUUGGAGAUUGUUUUUCCUAAAUCACUAAAUAAAAUUGGACAAGGAUGCUUCAGUCAUUGCAUCAAAUUAGAAAAAGUUGUAUUUGACGAUAGCUGUCAAAUUGACACUUUUGCGUCAGAAAUUUUUGAAAAAUGCAAAAAUUUGA